UCACCGCCGCGAGAGGAAGGGGUGGGGCACCGCCCACCGCCCCGCAGUCUGCGGCUUGGCGGGUGGGAGGGACCCCAGCCAAAGUUACGGGUCCCGGAUCCCGCAGCUCAUGGGUCAUGGAGCCCGGGCCCGCCGCGUCCCCCGGGCCUUCCCGCUCCUUCAAAGAGGAGCUGCUCUGCGCCGUCUGCUACGACCCCUUCCGCGAUGCGGUGACGCUGCACUGUGGCCACAACUUCUGCCGCGGGUGCGUGAGCCGCUGCUGGGAAGUGCAAGUGGCGCCCACCUGCCCCGUGUGCAAGGACCGGGCGUCGCCCGCCGACCUGCGCACCAACCACACCCUGAACAACCUGGUGGAGAAGCUGCUGCGCGAGGAGGCCGAGGGCGCGCGCUGGGCAGGCCCGCGAUCCCCGCGCCUCUGCCGCUUGCACCGCGGCCAGUUGAGUCUCUUCUGCCUCGAGGACAAGGAGCUGCUCUGCUGCUCAUGCCAGGCCGACCCCCGCCACCGGGGACAUCGCAUGCAGCCAGUGAAGGACACUGCCCACGACUUUCGGGCCAAGUGUAGAAACAUGGAGUGCACGCUGCGGGAGAAAGCCAAGGCCUUCUGGGCCAUGCGACGCUCCUACGAGGCCAUCGCCAAGCACAAUCAGGUGGAGGCUGCGUGGCUGGAAGGUCGCAUCCGGCAGGAGUUCGACAAGCUCCGUGAGUUCCUGAGGGUGGAGGAGCAGGCUGUUCUGGACGCUGUGGCCCAGGAGACCAGGCAGAAGCAGCUCCUGGCCGAUGAGAAGAUGAAGCAACUCACAGAAGAGACGGAGGUGCUGGCCCAGGAGAUCGAGCGGCUGCAGAUGGAACUGAAGGAAGACGAUGUCUCUUUUCUCAUGAAACACAAGAGCCGAAAGCGCCGGCUCUUCUGCACCGUGGAGCCAGAGCCCAUCCAGCCCGGCAUGCUCAUCAACCCCUGCCGGUACCUGGACUCCCUGCAGUACCGCGUGUGGAAGAAGAUGAUCAGUUCCAUCAAGUCUGUGCCCUUCAGCUUCGAUCCCAACACUGCAGCAGGCUGGCUCUCGGUGUCUGACGACCUCACCAGCGUCACCAACCAUGGCUACCGCGUGCAGGUGGAAAACCCAGAGCGCUUCUCCUCAGCACCCUGCCUGCUGGGCUCCUGCACCUUCUCUCAGGGCUCCCAUGCUUGGGAGGUGGCCCUGGGUGACCUGCAGAGCUGGCGGGUGGGUGUGGUGCGGGUGCAGCCAGAUACAGGUGCAGAAGGCCACUCACACAGCUGCUACCAUGACACACGCUCUGGCUUCUGGUACGUGUGCCGCACGCAGGGUGUGGAGGGGGACCACUGUGUGACCUCGGACCCGGCCACCUCGCCCCUGGUCCUGGCCAUCCCGCGCCGCCUACGUGUGGAGCUGGAGUGCGAAGAGGGCGAGCUGUCCUUCUAUGAUGCUGAACAUAACUGCCACCUAUACACCUUCCAUGCACGCUUUGGGGAGGUGCGGCCCUACUUUUACCUUGGGGGUGCGCGGGGUGAUGGGCCCCCUGAGCCCUUGAGCAUCUGCCCCUUGCGCAUCACUAUAAAGGAAGAGCUGGACGUCUGAACGGGCCCAGGCCUGCUGGAUGCUGUGCCGUGGGCCUGCUUUAUUCCUGCCUCUUCCUGAAGCCCACCCCCGGCCUCGGCACCUCUGCCCACUCUCUUGUGAGGUGCCAGCAUCCUCUGCCAUUCCGUCUUGCCUUUUUCUGUGACUCUAGGCCCUAUGCCUCGUCUUUAUUUUUGGUCCCUUCUCUGUUCAGUUAAAAGCCAUCCAGGAAGUACCUCACUGGGUCCAGGCUCUACCCAGGGUGUGAAUUUUUAAGUCCUCAUUUGAGAAUUUCUGGAGAAAAUGUUUACUUCCAGAACAGGCCUGUUUUAAAAUGUAGGUUUUAUUAUUUUCCAGGUAUGGUUAAGCCAAUUAAUCAGGAGAUGACUGCUGUUGGAAAGAGUCUGUCACUCAUUUCCCAGCCAUGCCACAUGGAGUCACACAGGAAAGCACUAGGGUCAGUCAAGAUGCAAAGGGAAAGAGGGGAAGGUGCUGGCAAAGCCUGUGUUGUGGUUUUCCUGGGAAGGAAUGGGUGGGGCAGCAGUCUUGAGUAGUUGCAGUGGGUUCUGGCGUGUGAGGACGGCUCCUCGUUUUUUGCACCUGCCUUAGGAUGAUUAGGACAGGAGAUGUUGACUUGGCAGAGAGCCUGCUACAGGAAGUGGUGAGAUUCCAUGGUCUAGGUUGCUGGACUCACGGGACAGGCAGCCGUCAGGCCCGGUGGCUGUCUAGGGAUUGGCUAGCUUAGGAGCUGCGGUCACUCCAGUGCUGGAACAUCAGGAAUUCAGCAAACAGUGCAGGGCUCAGCUUAGCUACUGCUUUAUGUUACUAAUUUAAAACUUGCACGGAUCUUCCUGGGGGUCCUGUAAGGUAGGAGGCAAAGCUGCCCAUCCCUAUCUAUCAACUCUAGUUUACCUGGUUGUACAUCAAGAGCUAAUCUCUGAACCAAGAGCUCCAGAGCACUUCACAAACUUAAAAUCAUGCUGUGCACCUGUUCCCUCGCUGGGCCUCACUCUCCUCAUCUGUACACUAGACAGUGGGACUAGAAGACCGUGUCCUCCCAUAAUUACUGUGGGGUGAGUUCCUCUGGUGAAAGUAUGAGAAGGGAAGGGAAGAGGUGCCCCUUCCAGUUAGGAAGAAAGGAAGGGUGUGGUCCGAGGGAGGCCGUUCGGAAGAUAGGUGCUGUGCAGUGGGAAGGAAAGCAGUGUCCCUCGUCCUCACUGCCGUGUGUCACUGACCUCAGCCAGCUUGCUCCCUGUUGGGUUCCAUCCUGUUUCUCCUCUCCACUGUAAACCUCCACCUUUCCUUUCUCAUGCCUGCAAAUGCUUUCUAAUUUCCAGCUCACUGUGUCCUGGGAACUGGCAACAUGGGAGGAGACACUGUCCCGUGGGUACCGUGUUAUAGUUAGGGGUACGUUCCAGCCUGGAUCCCCCACUUCAUAACAGCUGAUGUUCUAAACAGCAAUUAGGAGUCCUGGUUAUAAGUGUGUUGUGCACAUUGGUUAUGUAACUAGUGGGGGGACCAGGUGUGACAUGCCACUGGGGCCAGCUUGGCAGUUGGCAAAUGAGCUCACUUGUGUCAGAUUCUCAGCCCCCCGCCCCCCAAAAAAGCUCUAGGCACUUUGGGAACCAAGCAGUUAUGAGUGUGUGCGCUCUGCUGGGGUUUAACCUGUCAAGUACAGAUUCUGUAUGAUCAGCUUGACUUGUUGGUUAGAAUAAAUGUUUAAAACUAUUUUCACCCAA